CUUCUAUGAGCAUUUUUACGAUUCCAGACUCUACGAAAAGUUAGUUCAUGAAGGAAAUACGAGUGUAAUUUUAAAGUUUUUUUUUUUUUUUAUAUCACCAACGGUAGCUUUAACAGUGUCACCGCCCGUUUUCGGACUGGAUGUGUGAUUAUGGAAGACCUGGAAAUGACCAAAGAGGAGCUCCAGAGUUGGGUUUCAGAGAUAUUGAAAAAUCUCGGCGUGAUCACGCCUGAUGUGCAGGAGAAAUGCAAGCUUUUGCGAUGCCUACUGGAAAAGAGGAAGACACAAGCCGACCGUCUCCUAAAACUCUGCACGUCUGUGGCUGAGUGUGAAGCCCUUGUGAAAAAGCAGUACGCUUUGCUGGGGUGGGAGUACAAAGACGAUGAUUCUGACGAUGACGACGUUAUCACAUGCUGUGAAAUCCCUUGUACAACAACACCACAACACAAAGUGGUCUUGACCAGAACAAGCAGUUGUGAAAUAGUGGAUUUGCUACAACCAAGUCCUGAAGAUCAUCCCUGCUUAAGCCCUUUUCUGUCAGAUUUAGAACCUGACAAUGACGCAAACCAUUUGAAUUAUUCUAUGGAGCUGUCAUCAAACAAGAGAAGAUGUGUUACAGUUGAAAGAUUACCAGCAAACACAAUGAAUUUAUCAAUAUCCUCCGUUGAACUCAGCCAGAUAGAUAAGGCCACUGUGAGCGAUGCAACAGUAACAAGAAAACCAGUAGAAAACAACACACAGAACGAGGAACAGGAGGAAAGAAAACUAGAAGAAAAUGACGUUGUGAACAAGAUGAAAGAAAAAAGAAAAACAGCGGAAAAUGAUACUGCAAACGAGAUAAAGGAAAAAAGAAAACUAAUAGAAAACGACACUGUGAACGAGAUAAAGGAAAAAACAAAACCAGCAGAAAAUGACACCGCAAACGUGAUAAAGGAAAAAAGAAAACCAAUAGAAAACGACACUGUGAACGAGAUAAAGGAAAAAAUAAAACCAGCAGAAAAUGACACAGCAAGCAAGAGAAAGGAAAAAAGAAAACGGGCAGUUAAUGACACAGCAAGCAAGAGAAAGGAAAAAAGAAAACGGGCAGAAAAUGACACAGCAAGCAAGACAAAGGAAAAAAGAAAACAAACAGAAAAUGACACAACAAACAAGACAAAUGAAAAUGGAAAACCAACAGAAAAUGACACAACAAACAACACAACGGAAAAAGGAAAAACAGAAAACGACACAACAAACAACACAACGGAAAAAGGAAAACAAACAGAAAAUGACACAUCAAGCAACACAAUGGAAAAAAGACAACUAACAAAAAAUGACAUAAACAGAACAGAGAAAAAUGGAAAACCAACCGAAAAUGACAAAGCAAACAAUACAAAGGAAAAACUAAAAUUUGCAGAAAAUGACACAAGUAAGGCAAAGGAAAAAAAAGAACUAAAAGAAAAUGACACGGCAAACAACACAAAAGAAACAAGAAAAGUAGCAGAAAAUGGCAGCACAAGCAAGAAAAUAAACCCAGCAAAACCUGAGCAUACCCCUAUAAUUGAUUCAUCGGUGUUUGCCUACACUCCUCAUGAAACCCUUAAGACUCGUCCUGAACUGCCCGAAGAAGAGAUCAAGGCGGACAUGGUUGUGCUAGCCAAAAAUAAGAACUUGAGAUGGCAUCGAGGUCAGAUUGUGGAGGUUGUUAUGAAGGAAGAUGGACGAUUGAAGUACAAAGUCAUUUUCGAAGAAAAAGGAAAGAGUCUGGUCUCGGGCCACCAUAUUGCUUUUGAAACCAUUCCAAAACUGGAGCACCUAUAUAUUGGCGCUCGUGUUGUGGUCAAGUGUCAAGAUGAUGCAACUGUGUUCAGACCUGGUAUGCUGGCAGAGCUCCCCGGCAAAAAGAAUCGUCUCAGGUUUUUGGUGUUCCUGGACAACCACAAGCCCAUCUAUGUUGGCCUAACAUUAUUUCACCUUGUGUGCAGACCAUUAUCAGAACCUGUAGAGGACAUCCAGGACAAAGCUCACAGAAGUUUUAUGGCUCAAUACUUGAGGGAUUGGCCUUACCCUCAUCUAACCCAGUACAAGCCUGGCCAGACUGCCUCUGUGGAGUUUAAUGACGAGUAUCACAAGUGCAAGGUGGAGCUGGUGGACUCCAGCUUGAUACAGGUGUUGUUUAAGUUUGAUCAGCACAAAGAGUGGAUUCACCGUGGCUCCAUACGGCUAGAACAUAUGUCAAGAUUUUUGGAACUGAGGAGAAGAGAAGCAGACGCUGGUGAAGACUGAAUGACUGCUCUGGACAAUACCUUUUUAUCCAUACUUUUAUAUUGCUAUGUGACAAUUUCAAGCUGUCGUGCGGGUUCUCAGGACCUCCAAGAAAGGACAAUGCUUCGAGCAUGGUUGACUUUAUUUUAUUUUUCAAUAAAACCUCAGUCUCAGGU